AUGGCUCUCAACGUCAACCGUGCUGUGACCGAUCCAUUCUACCGUUACAAAAUGCCAAAACUGCUUGCAAAGGUAGAGGGCAAGGGCAACGGAAUCAAAACUGUUGUAGCGAAUAUGUCUGAAAUAGCUAAAUCACUUGAACGCCCACCAAUGUAUCCUACCAAGUACUUCGGUUGCGAAUUGGGCGCACAGACCAACUAUGAUGCGAAAAACGAGCGUUACAUCGUGAAUGGAGAGCAUGACGCUGCGAAGUUGCAGGACAUCCUCGAUGGCUUCAUCAGGAAAUUUGUACUAUGCCCCGCUUGCGAGAACCCAGAGACUGCAUUGUCAGUGCGAAAGAACCAGAUCCACAGCAAAUGUAAGGCAUGUGGCCACGCAUUUAUUAUCGAUAAUCGUCACAGACUUUCUACUUACAUCCUUAAGAACCCUCCCAAGAUUGAGGUUGACUUUUCCAAGGACAACAAGCAGAAUGGCAACGGGCAUGUAAAGGAAGAGGAUCUUAGUGUUGAGACCAAUGGGGAUCGUAACAGCUCAAAUGAUGAUGAUGAUGACGACUGGGCGCCAGAAGAGGACGAAGCGCCAAAUACCAAGCUGGCUGCUGGAAUUGGAAAAUUGGUAAUCGAUAAGGACCUUGACAAGAGCUUAGAGGAACGUUUGGACAUGUUGCAUCGUUUCUUUGUUGAGGCAAAGGAAAAGGGAACC